UGCACGGGGUUGUCCCGUGAUUCUACUCGUGAGCUUGGGCGUAAUAAUCAAUUGUUGUGGUUGUGCAAAACAUGUCACGAGUUUCGCAUUGGCACAAAUUCACUUCUCACAAAUCGGCUAUCAAGAGCGAUUUGCUUCCUGAGAUCCUCGCUCUCGUUGAUAAGCGAGCGCUAGCACCCAUAUUAGCUAAGCCGUCUGUUAGCAACGCAUCGCGAACGCACACAUCCACUAAUGUAUCGUCGCUCAAUGCCACAAAUACAUCCAGAACGACUAAAACAGCUUCCGCUCGCCGUACAUUUACUAACUCAACGGAGCUCACUGAUGAUAUCCAAGCUGCGAACGAUACCAACACUGUGGAUGAUUCUGACAACUGUAACCACUACAAUCAUCGUACUAAGCCGACUAGUGAUGUUAGUGCUGGAAACUAUCGAACAAAUACACAAGCAUCUUCUGAUCCUGUUUUGAACCAAAACACCACCAACACGGGCAUAGCCGAGAAAGUAUGGUUAUACUUCACGAACAUCAAAUCGCAUGUCUCGGCUGAUGAUAUGCGUGUGUGGCUUAAAGCUGUGCUACCAACGGACGAUAUUAAUGUUUACCGUCUCACGAAAAAGGGUGUGAACCUGGACUCGAUGUCCUUCAUAUCGUUCAAAGUGAGUGUUCCUAAAUCUCUUAAGGAGCUUGCGCUGCAGUCUACUAUUUGGCCAGUUUCACUUACUGUUCGGGAGUUUGUUGCUCGUGGCCUACCAAAGCAACGUGUACAUGAAAGGGCUCGAUUUGACCCUUCUGAGCUUAUUUCGCAUCGUACAAAUAGUGAACAGAUCAGCCCGUUUGCCAAACGGAUAGCUCACAAUUAAUAGACCCAUUUGUGAUAUAUUACCAAAAUGUUCGAGGCCUUCGCACCAAAUACAAUGAAUUGCGCCUUUCUGCGAAUGAAUCAGGGUUUGAAAUGCUUGCCCUUACGAAAACCUGGUUAAAUGAAUCGAUUCCAUCCAACAUGGUCCUUGAUAGUGAUGCCUACAACAUAUACCGCUGUGAUCGAAGCAGGUUAAACAACGAACGUUCGCGUGGGGGUGGUGUGCUACUUGCAUGUUCCGUUCGAUAUCUUUCUGUGGCACUUAACAUUAAUCAACCCACGCUUGAAGCUUUAUGUAUACGUGUUUCUUUUUCUAAGUUUCGUCUUUAUGUGGGGAUUGUUUAUGUGCCACCGUAUUUGAGCAGCGACCGCAACUAUUUGGAAUCCCUUUCUGCUUUCAUCAGUGAUACAUACAUGCAAAUGAAACCGAAUGAUCAUCUUAUCCUUCUGGGUGACUUCAAUCAACCUGCGUUAGAGUGGUCGCUUUCUACCGCAGUAAGGCCAGAUUCAUCUUCAGCUAUUAGACAUUAUGUGCCACAUAUUUCUUCGAAUACAUCCAGUUCCUGCUUUUUGGAUAUGUUAAA